AUGGACAGACCUCGAGUCGCUGCCACUGCCACUGCUACUGCUACUGCUUCCCCUACCGCUACCGUUACUGCCGCCGCCCGCAAGGUCCAAAAACGUGCCGGCCGAGCUUGUACCUCGUGCAGAGUUCGCAAAGUCCGGUGUGACGUGGUGCACUGUGGGAACCCUUGUACCAACUGUCGCCUGGAUUCGCUGGAGUGUGUUGUCCCUCGGAGCAGGCGCCACAAAGUCUCAAAAGCCAACAAGGCAACCCAAAACUCCCAGCCUCCACCUCCGGUUUCUGUUGCUGCGGUUAUUGUGCCAUCCCCAGAAGGAGACACUGUCUCGGAGCAUGCGGUCCCACGUCGACACCAUGCUGCUGCUGCUCACCAGGAGCGACAGCACCAUUGGCAAUUUGACGCCCAUGCAACUUCCACGACCAAUAAUGACUUACAAUGUCCUGCUUCUACACCGGCGCUGGGCGGUCAUGUCAACACGGCCCUGGCAGCAGUAACAGAGGAGGAGCAUUUUCAGCAUCCUCCUCAUGCUUCCCCUAGCGCCAUUGCUCCUCCGAGUCUGCCGACCUUCAUCAAACCUCUCCCUGAAGACUUGGACCAAGCAGAUCUACGAUAUCUGCAUGAGAAAGGUGCUGUGACAUUGCCUACCGUUUCCUUUCGCGAUACUUGUCUCGCCCGUUACCUCGAAUUCUCUUACCCACUUCUGCCGUUGCUAGAAAAGGACCAGAUCGUGUCGAUAAUCAUGAGCCGCGACCAUCCCACAUCACAACCCAUCAGCCUCCUCCUGUUCCAGGCUGUGCUGUGUUCUGGAGUCGCCUUCGUCGAAACCCAGUCCGUCAUCAAUGAAGGUUUCGCGUCCAAACAAGAGGCCCGUGGAGCAUUUUUCCAUCGAGCUAAGAUUCUUUUCAACUGCAACGUGGAGCAGGAUAGAUUGGUCGCGGUCCAGGCCGCUCUCCUCCUCAGUACCUGGUACCCUGGAAAGUACGAGAAGAUGGAUUCAUGGUACUGGGUGGGGGCCGCCAUAUCCCUAGCAUACUCAAUCGGAUUGCACUUGGAGCCGGACAGCUCACGCUUUGAUCGACGAGACCAGCAUCUCCGCCGCCGCUUGUGGUGGUGCAUUUUUGUCCGUGAGCACAAGAUCGCAUUGGCCUUGGGCCGCCCAGCGCGAAUAACGUACCAUAACGUUGCCAUGCUCACUCCCCAUGACUUUGAAGACGACGGCGAGACAGACGCCACAACAGAAGCUACAGUCCAUCUGCCCGCCGAGGCGAUGCGGCGACACUCUCGAGCAGUGCUCGAUGGCCGCACGAUGCAAGAGGCACUGGCCCGACUCUGCAUCGAACACACCAAGUUGUGUGUUUGUAUCGCUCGCUUUGUCUCCACCAUCUUCGACUGUCGCCGACAGGUGGAGACCGGCGAUCCAGGGGACCAGGACAGACACCCACUCCCGUCACCUUCUUCCCGGCUCAAAUACUGCAUUCACGAUUUCGCCAGAUGGUACCGUCAAGUGCCUGCAGAUCUCCGCUACGAUGCUCGUGCUGCCACCUUCUGUCCCGCCAACCAUCAGCCGCAGCCAGAGGAGCAGUGUCGAAGCCUGAUCGUGCACAAAGCAACAGUCCAUACCAGCUACUAUGUGGCCAUCAGUGCUUUGUACCGCCUCAAAGCUCUAUCACCUAGUUCCACCUGGCGUGAAAGGAAUGGUGCCGAGUCACACGGCCUGUCGCAGCGCAUCUUGCGUCAUGCUGCCUGGGAGCUCACCAGUGUCAACCAAGAUCUCUGUGAGGCCGGCCUGUCACGCUACCUAUCCACUUCAGCUGUUGGCAGCGUCGUUGCUGCAGUGGUCAUCCAUCUGCUGGACAUGAAGGCACCAAACGAGGCCGUCAGACGAGCCGCCGUCCAGGGUAUCCAGCAGUGUGAACAAUUCCUGCUGAUACUUCAGGAAUCUUAUGGGACCGCAACUGAUGCCCUCGAGUAUUUGCGGGAAGCCGCUUGGCAUGAGGCUGACUUGUCUGUACCUGAACAGGACAGAGAGUGCCAGCCGCGCCAGCAGCACCACCAACACCAACACCACCACCACAACCACCACCACCACCACCAGCAUCAGGCUCCAACUUCGCAAAUGGUGUGGCGCAGUUCGCCUCCUCAAGCAGCACCGGUACCUGCACCCACCCUAGCCGGUGCAGCAGAGAUUCAACCGGUCUCCUCGGUCCUGCAGACGCCGCCUCCGCCCCCAGAAACCGAUGAGAUGAUGUGGCAAUCCUACAUUGACGGAACCCCGAGUUAUGACCUUUUCGCCGGUUUCAGCUUGCCUCAUUUCGAUCUAGGAGUCUCGCCCAAUGACUCGGGCGGCUUCAACUUGGCUGAUGUGUUUCCAGAGAGUUGA